AAUUUUUAUGUAAUAAGUGGCUCCAGAAGUAUAAACAAUAUUUGAUGAAUUACUAAAACCUGUUUUAGAGAGAAUUGAAGUAUUGAAAGAAAGAGAUUAAUCUAAUGAAUUACAAAUCAAGAAUCUAUUUGAUUAAAUGAGUGAAUUGAAAAAAUUAAUAGGAAAUCUAAAACCUAUAAGAGUGGAAGAAGAAAAGAGUAAAAAUAAUUAAUAUUUAAUAGAAAUUGUCAAAUAAGAUCUUAAAAAAGAGAAUCAUUAAAAUAAUGGUAUUUUGAAAUUAAUAUAUUCCCACCAUAUGUUUAGAUGUAAAAAAUAUUGAUCGCCCAUCUACUGCUGUAGUAACAAAAAACCCAGCUCCUAUUAAAGUAAAAGAUCCUAAACCUACAACUGCUACAAAACCUUUAAGUCAAAGUACAAUUGUUGAAAAGACUACAACACCUGUAGAUAUUGAAAAAAGUAUUUAUUGCUUAAAUCAUCUUUUUAAUAGAUCAACCUAAAUCUCCAAAAGAGGCUAACCAAAAUAAAAAUAAAUAACAACAACCAUAACAACUAUAAUAACCUCCACAACCUAAACCAAAAUCUCUAAUUUAAUAAUAAUAAAAAUAAUAACAAGUCAAAGAAACCAAAGAGCCAAAAGAAAUUAAAGAGCAAUAAGUUAAAUAAAUAAAUUAAUAAAAAGAAGAAAAGAAAGUUGAAAAAUAACCAACUAAAUCAAAAACUGCCUAACCAACUUAACCUAUAUAAGUAGAAAAAAAAGAAGAGAAAAAAGAUUCUAAAAAAAUUGAUAAUAAAAUAUCAUAAAAAUAAAACAUUAAAUAGCCUGAGUAGAAAGUUGCUGAAAAGAAGACUGAGGAUAAAAAAAUAGUGAAAAAAGGAAAAUAAACUUUAGAAACCUAAAAUAAAAAUGAAUAAUAAACUGAUGAAUAAUUUUAAUAAUAAUAAAAUCUUCCUAAGACAUAAAAUAACAGCGAAUAGAAAUAAUAGGAAUAAUAACCAUAGUAAUAACCAGUAGAAUAAAAAGAAAUUGUUGAAACUCUUACUUAAGUUCCUGAGCUUCAAAAUAAUGAGGCUAAAGAAGAGUCAAUAUAAUAAUAAUCCGAAGAUUAAGAUUAAUUAAUAUAAAAAUAACAAGAAGUUAACGACCUUUAAGAGAAUCUUGAAAAUCAAUAAACUUAAGUAGUUUGAUGUUAUAAGAAUGUCC